AAAGAUGGGUUCACUCUUAAAGGUGCAGCUAUCAGAAUGUUACCCUUGGCUUUCAUAACAGCUGUAUCAACGUAUACCUACUAUUACGCUCUGACAUUUACCAGUUCUACGGAUGUUACAGCGGUUUUUUCCUCUGCCGCGGGUUUUGUCUACAUUCUCUCUAUAAUAUGGCUGAAAGAACCUUUCGUUAUUUUUCGGUUCUUGGCUGUGAUCUUCUCUAUUGGAGGCGUAGUUUUAAUUGCUUAUUCCGAGGGGUUAGGAUCUUUUGGAGCAAUUGGUGUUUUACUAGCUGCAGCAAGUGCAUUAAUAUCUGCUGUUUACAGAGUAAUUGCAAAGAAAUAUAUGGUCCAUCCAUCGGUAUCUCAAGCUGCUUUAUUUGCGUCCUUACUAGGCAUUUAUAGUAUGUUGGCGCUAUGGAUUCCCACUGUAAUCUUACAUGCUGUUGACGUGGAGCCGAUAACAAUUGCAAGCUUUCCUUGGACUUUGCCUUUAAUUGUUCUCUUUCAUGUUCUGUAUAACUUAUUUCUUUGUAUUGCAAUCGCUAUUACCUAUCCUGUAUAUGCAUCAUUAGGACCGCUAUUGGCUAUUCCCUUGAAUGCAGCGAUUGAUGUUGGGUAUCGACAGGAAGUCUUUAACACCUACAAAAUAUUAGGCACCGUAUUUUUAGUAGUCGGAUUUUUAAUCCUGACAGUCCCGUUGCCAUUGAUGUUGACAUUUUCCGCUAAAGUUCGUUCAUUAAUUACAUUUAAACCUAUUAAAAAUUAA